CAGAAAGAUAGAUAAAAAGAAGACUGUCUUUUUUUUUAAAUCAGGGGCUGUCGCGUUCGGCAUGUUCUCAAGUCGCAUCGCCGAAUCUACACGCAAGAGCCACUCGGAAUCAUUUUGAUCAAUUCAAAAUGUCGAUCGGCGUCGGAGAGGUACUAACGGCGCUCGAGCUGGUCAAAAGCGCAAUCGACAUCUACAAGGAAAUCACAAAGGCGCCCGAAGAAAUCAAGCAGCUGAACAAGGAGUUGGUCGAGCUCACCAAGCCGCUGGAGAGCUUGCUGUCGCACUUCCAGGCCCACGCGGGAAGCAGGAGCGAUGCGGCGCUCAGGAGCGUGACGGACCGGGACCGCGAGGACCUGGCCGACGCCAUCCACGCGUCGCUGCAGGACUGCGGCGAGAUCAAGGGCAUCUUUGCCGACUUUGCGGCGAAGCGGCUGGGACAGAUCGGGGACGUGUCGCUCAAGACCAAGUUUGGCUUCGUGGCCAGCGCCUACUACAAGUUUGGCGACGGCGCCGACACGGUCAAGGCGCUCAUCCUGCGGAUCCGCGAGCGGCAGAUCGCCAUACACACGUAUCUGCAGCUCAUCCAGGUCAAGCUGCUCGACGAGGCCAACAAGAACAUCAAGAGCCUGGGCGACAAGAUCGACCAGCUGAGGAGGGAUGCGGAGAAGAAGAACGCUGCCGACAAGGCCAUGACCAUCGAUAUGAUCAACCAGAUCAAGAAGCUCUUGGCCAAGGAGCUGGCCGAGGCUAAAAGGGCGGAAACCGAAAAGGAAAGCAGCAAGAAGGAUGCCAUCAAAGUGGACAAGCUGCCCGUCAGAUCCAAAACCCCCGAGCCUCUAGACAAGACCAAGCUGCUUCCACCACCCGAGAACAACAAACACCACAAGCGAAGAUUGAGCGCGCCGUCGGCACCGGCCAAGACGCGAACACCAUCACCCAAGCCCAACGACAAAACCUACUCCGUCUUGUUUGUCGACCCAUACAACGUGGGCCGCAGCCUUGUGUCGCAGGGGAUCCUGCUGCUCAUCGACGCCUGGCUGCGCGAAAAGACUGGCAAAAAGUACGCGAAGCGCAUCGAAAAGGUCUCGUCGGCCGGCUUCUUCAUCAGGCGCGGCGGGGACUGCCACGACGAGAUCGAGGGGCUCAGCUACGCCCACGGUACGUACAAGUUCGACCUCGCGGACGACAAGGAGAAGAACCCGGCCGCGCUGCGGGCACUCUUUGACGAGACGGCGGCGAGAUGCCAGGGCGCAGAGUGGCGGUACGGCCGGGGGGCGACGGAAAAGUACGCGAAGCUGCUUGCGGAGAUGAGGCCGACGGGGAUCAAGCGGUCGCACUUUAGGGACUACGACUACAUCCUGUGCUUUACGAACCGCGAGUACAGCAACCUGCACAAGCUGCGGUCCGCCAUCGUGGCCAAGGACGGCGGUGAUGCCUUCCCCAACGGCAAGGCCAAGAUCCUGCAACUUGGCAGGUGGCUUCCAAAAAAGGACAACAGCCAAGGCGCGAGUAUAUACGCGGUCCCUCCAGACGACAUGGGGGAGGAUGAAGCUGUUUGGAGCGCCAAGAUUGAUGAGAUCAAGAUGGCGAUUGAUGGGUUCCUGAAAAAGAGGCUACAUGUUUCGUACCCCGAGAAGGCCGGGGUGGCGCAAGGCUGACUGACGUAGUCGCUGAAAUAUACCUGUACAUUUCCAUACCUGGUUUCUGUCACUCGUGAACCGCGGGAGACAUUUCCGCUCUAAAAAGAAAAAAUCAUUUCUAACUGAAGUUUACUACGUGGAACCAGAGAGCGAUGCCUUUUUCAACGAUCCCACUAGAAAGCUAUAAUUACAAGAAAAUUAUACUGCAACGAAGCCAAACGCGACCAGCCCAAAACCAGUUUAAAACAAGAACAAAAAAAAAAAACCUCGGAUUCUCCCGCCCGAUAGAUAACAGGCCUUAGACAAACCUCGUCGACGUCAAAGGUUGCGCGGUGCCCAUGAUGGCAGCCUCCUCCUUGGAGCCGGGCUCGGCGUCGGUGACGGUGUGGUCGUACUUGACCUCGAGCCAGAUGCCCCUGUAGUUGCCGAUCUGGUUGGGGGUGCGGGCGCGCUUCUUGUACGAGUGGCGCCUGAACUCGACGAACCACACGACCCACCAGAACAUGGCAGCAAGGCCGGCAAAGACGGCGGCCAGCCAGGCCAGGGCCAGAAAGGCGCUGGUGGUGCGGGCGGACAUGUUGAGGGCCGCGCCGCCCGAGUCCAUGGCGCUGGAGCCGCCGUAGGCGAUGGCGGUGCCGGCGAUGGCCAGCAGCCAAAAGGCGGUGGAGCCGAGCAGCGCGGCGGCGGUCCAGGCCACGACGGCGGGGCGGUUGCGGCCCGCCGCCAGGAACACAAAGGAGCCCAGCACGGCCACGCCCGUGCCGAUGACGCCAAUCACCAGCAUGGCCGUCAUGAAGCGGCUGCCGAUGGUGAUGACGUCCACGAGCAGCCCCAGCGUCGUGCUCAUGACCUGGAUCAGCGGCACCGUGACGUUGGCCGUCGCGACGGUGAAGGUGCUGGGGAUGCUGGUGGAGAUUCGGCGGAGGCCUGGGUUGUGGUUAUUGUCAGCGUUGCUUUUUUUUUUCGUUCGUUCCUUCCUUUAUUCCGAAUCCCAGAGGAGAAAAAAGAAGAAAAAAAACUAAAAAAAACUCACCCUUGCUCUUGUCGUCAUACGAAUAGCAAUCCGUAAUCCGAAUCUCGGAGCUCGGAUUCAGGCGGUCCAGAUAGUCGCCCUCGCACUGGCGCGUCAUAAACAUGACAUAGGUAUCCUUGAGGUUGAGCGACCUGGUGACGUUGCCGAUGAGCUGGCCCUGGAGGUCCUGGACGGCCCCGUUGAUCAUGCCCGUCAGGUUGUUGGAGAUGCCGUUGAUGAGCCCGUUGAGGAUGCCCUGGAUGCUGUUUGGGUCGGCAUUGCCGCUGGCCGGGCCGUUGUUGGAUGGUGUUAUCUCGAUCUGGCUCUGUCCUGCCUUGGUCAUAUUGAGCUGUUUUUUGUUGUUUUCGGGUCAGUCAGUUCGAUAGCUCAUUUCAAGAAAAUACCAAAUCCAUCAACGACAUUGCUUGAUGUUUGGGAUUGAUCGACUUACAAUGAGCCACGCAUCGUUGACGUUUGCGCUGCUGACCUUGUUUCCCG